CUCAAAGUACCAGCAGCACUUGCAACUCAGCUGGUUUCAUCUGUCAUCAUUCUGUUCAACGUGUUAAAGUUUACAGCCCGCAAACUGUACGGACUUUAAGAAAAGUACAGAAAACGGAAUUAUGGACGACUACUGAAAGGUAUUCAGCUGCUUUAGGCACGUGACCCCGUGUCUAAAUGUACACCUCGCGUGACGAGUCUGGAUUUGGAUUUGCUGACAGGCAGGUUUGACUUCCUCUUCUCCGCUGAGCCAGACUCGUCCCGUCUUCACGCCACGGCAGAGACAUGAUCCACAACCUACCUCAUUGUCUGAGAGGAUCACCAUGGAGCUGAACCUGAAGGCUGGGAGUCCUGGAAGAGGAAUGUCAGCCUGGAAGGUGGUGCUGUUGUUGGUCGGGGUGCAGUGUUUACAUGUGGUCGCCCUCAAAUCGCAGCUCUUCACCCGAGGGGACGCGUUAGAUUACUCCUCCAGAAAGGCGGUCGACUAUAAAACCUUUUAUUUGAACCAGAAGAUUGAUCAUUUUGGCUUUUUUGAGAAUGGCACCUUCAAACAGCGCUACCUGGUGGCCGACCAGCACUGGCAUCAGGCGGGGGGGCCCAUCCUGUUUUACACCGGGAACGAAGGCGACAUCACCUGGUUCUGCAAUAAUACUGGCUUCAUGUGGCAGGCCGCCGAGGAGCUGGGUGCCAUGUUGGUGUUCGCAGAGCACCGUUACUAUGGAGACUCCAUGCCCUUUGGUCCAGACUCCUACAGUGACAGCAAGCACCUGAACUACCUGAGCUCGGAGCAGGCGCUGGCCGACUUCGCCGUGCUGAUCCGGGAGCUGAAGGGCUCGUGGCCGGGCGCCCGCAGCAGCGCAGUCAUCGCCGUGGGCGGGUCCUACGGCGGGAUGCUGGCGGCCUGGCUGCGCAUGAAGUACCCCAGCGUGGUGGUGGGAGCUCUAGCAGCUUCAGCCCCUAUCUGGCAGUUCCCUGGCAUGGUCCCGUGUGGAGACUUCCACCGCAUCGUGUCCCAGGACUUCGCCGCCUCAGGGCCCAACUGUGACGUGAACAUCAGGCGCUCCUGGGGCGCCAUCGACAAGAUCGCCUCUACUGCUGAAGGUCUUGCGUGGCUGUCGGGGACGUUCAGUCUGUGCGCUCCUCUGAAGAGCCGUCCGGACUCUGUGGCCUUCAAGGAGUGGCUGCAGGAGACCUGGGUCAACCUGGCCAUGGUGGACUACCCCUAUGAGGCCAGCUUCCUGCAGCCCCUGCCCGCCUGGCCCGUACAGGCGGUGUGCAGGCAUCUCGGGUUUGACUCCUCCGUGUCGGACUACCAGCUGCUCCAGGGGGUGUCCGAGGCCGCCAGGGUGUACUACAACUACACCGGGACCAGCGCCUGCCUCAACACCUCCUCCACGGCGACCGGCAGCCUGGGCUUCCUGGGCUGGUAUUACCAGGCGUGCACGGAGAUGGUGAUGCCUCUGUGCACGGAUGGGGUACAGGACAUGUUCGAGCCCCAGGCCUGGGACUUCCAGGCCUUCUCGGACGAGUGCCAGGCCCUGUUCGGGGUGCGCCCGCGGGCGUCCUGGGCUGAGACCCAGUAUGGCGGGAAGGACCUCUCUGCCCACAGCAACAUCAUCUUCAGCAACGGUGGCCUCGACCCCUGGUCCGGCGGGGGGGUGACGCGCAACAUCUCCGACAGCGUGGUUGCCAUAGUGAUCCCGCAGGGCGCGCACCACUUGGACCUGCGCUACGACAACGAGCGCGACCCCCCCGCGGUGCGGGGCGCCCGUGCCCUGGAGGUAGACUACUUCAAAGCCUGGGUCCGGCAGGCCCGGAGAGCCCCCUGAACCGGGGUCGAACCGGGGUCGACCCACGGGACGUUCCUCAUCGCUGACGAGGUGCUAAUCAGCCUAUGACAAAGUGAAAGUGAAAUUCUUUCUCAGUAUUUUUUUCACAGUCGUGUCUUUUGGUAUUGGUGGUAUUUUCUCUUUUCUAUCUUUUUUUAAUGCCCUUGAAACCUAAGAAUAUAUCACAUAUGCCAAAUCUUGUUUUUUAAGUUAGAGCUUAAAUUUGACGUGUCGUUUUUUUUUUUUAUACUCGAUUAAAUUUGGGUUGAUUCCUGUGGCAAAUGAGCAACUGAAAAACGAGGCCCUUUUAAUAUGUAAGCUAGUACACAUUGUCUUUAUAUUUGUGUGUUUACAUAAAUACAUAUUAGUCAAUGUGUGUUUUUCAAUCAGGAAAGAAUGAUUUUAAACGUGUGAACACCAGGAGCGGUUAAAACAGACGGGCCAUCUGUUUCAAGCUGGGCUUUAACGCGUAUUUGUUCAACCAUAUGAUGAUGGGCCUUUAAAGGGUUCAGGGAGCUUUAAUGGCUUGAUUACCUCAAAGAGAGGGGACCCUCUCUGCUGUAUAAACCUCAGAAGUUAAACCACGUGUGUUCGUGGAGUGACAACCAAACUACAUCACAGAUUCACAUUCCAUAAACACACUUAAAAACAUUGCACGCCUGAAAACAGACAUAAGCCCACAGAUAUGUACUACUCAUAAACAUGCAUUCCGAUCAAACCUUUACAACACGUUGUCUUGGAGGCCCGGAGAUGAAUCAGGCGUUAUUGUGAAGAUCGUUCCUCUUAAUAAAAGCUAUUACGGCCA